GCUAAAAGUCGCGUUCUAUCCUCUUCCGAUUUUAUUCAUCAUCCAUCUACUUGUCAUUCAAUGGAGAUGAGCAUGAAUUUAAACAACUAAAAUGCCACCUGAUGACCCUUGCGCUAAUCCUCUCCUUCUAGGAUGGGUGAGGGAAUGGGUUGAAACUGCUCGAAUGCAGAAUUCAAAAGGGCUUACAACAUACAAGAAGGCAUAUGCCGCCCUUCAAGCGUGUCCAGUAACAUUCCAACAUCCCUCUCAGUUGGCGCAGUUAAAGGGGUUCGGUACGAAACUAUGCCAACGUUUGACCGAAAAAUUACAGAAGCACUGCCACGACAAUGGGUUACCUAUGCCUAAGCGCCCGAGGCAAUCCAUCAUUCCUGGCUUGGCCAACCAAGAUGAUGACGAAGAGGACGGUGCGGAACGGCCACCUAAGAGACGGAGGACGAAGCCUUACGUGCCCACUCUUAGAUCCGGCCCCUAUGCUAUAAUUAUGGGGUUGGCAACGCUCGAAGAAGGCAAUCGUACCGGCAUGACAAAGCCGCGAUUAAUCGAGGUCGCUCAGCCCUUUUGCGAUGCAUCUUUUACUGCCCCCCCUGACGUUACUAGCUACUAUACGGCCUGGAACUCUAUGAAAACCCUUGUCGAAAAGGACCUGGUGUAUGAACGCGGUAGGCCUACUAGAAGGUAUCAUUUAACUGAGGAGGGAUGGGAGGUGGCUCGACGGAUGCAACAGACUAUGAAUCCCAAUCAGCCCGGGCCGGCAGCGCGUGGGGCAGAGCAAAAUCUGGAUGAAAUUGAACUCGACCCUGCUCCUGCUCUCGCUCCCCUCCCUCUUCCCCGUCUUACCGACAGGUCGCCGUCUCUAAAGAUACAGGAUCCACCGAACAAAGAAUCAAACUAUUCCGACAUCGUUGCUGAUGGCGAUACAUCAUCAGGGAGCCCGGAGCUACCGAAUUUUAGGCCAAUACGACUUGCCCCCGGAUCUUUUGAAGUGCAAUUAGUAUUAGACGUGCGUGAGGUCCGAUUAAAGACCGAUAGAGACUACAUGCAAAAUGAACUUGCAAAGAAAGGCGUCAACCCAAUCAUGCGUGCUCUCGAGCUAGGUGAUGCCCUUUGGGUAGCCAAAUGCCACGACGCAAAUUUCCUUUCCCGACUCGGAGCCGAGGGAGACGAAGUCGUACUCGAUUACAUCGUAGAGCGAAAGCGACUCGAUGAUUUGAUCGGCAGUAUUAAAGAUGGCCGUUUCCACGAACAGAAAUUCCGUCUGAAACGAUCCGGCAUUAAGAACGUCGUUUACAUCGUCGAAGAGAUCUCCAUGGAUCCGGAUGUCCUGGAUAAACGUGCAGAAAUGGUGCAGUCCGCUAUCGCAUCGACGCAAGUCGUUAACGGCUUUCUUGUGAAAAAGACGCAGAGGAUGGACGACACCAUCCGGUAUCUUACUCGCAUGACCAUGCUGCUGAAGAAGCAAUACGAAAGCAAACCACUACUCGUCAUCCCCACCGAGGUCCUCACCGCGCAGAACUACCUCUCCUUACGUCAGCAUCUCCGGGAGAAGGAGCCUACCACAGGGCACUACAUCACCUAUCCAGCCUUUGCUUCGCUAGCGUCAAAGUCGGAUAUGAUGACGCUGCGGGACGUGUUUCUGAAAAUGUUGAUGUGUACCAAGCAGGUUACGGGGGAGAAAGCUCUUGAGAUCCAAAAGAGAUGGAAGACGCCUUACGAGUUCUUCAGGGCUUUCGAGGAGUGCGGCAGCGGGGAGGAAGGCAAAAAGCGGAAACGCGAGAUGGUCUUCGAACAAAUGGGGGGUUUGCCAAAAAAUUGCCGAGGUCUGGGCCGACGUGUAAGCCCCGUCCGUCACAACUGACUGACUGACUGUUCUUUUUUUUUUUUUUUUUUUUUUGGCCGCAGUAUGAACACAUUUGGUUUUGCAUCUACGCCGAAGCAAGUCUCUGAAAUCAAGUCAUGGGUGAAAAAAAGCCAAGAACCACAAGCUCCUAUGAUGCUACAGGCGUGCAUUACCGCUGUAUUAGGUUAGCAAAGUGCCAGGUGUUUAUUAUACCGAUCACUGGUUCUCGUAUUCUCGAGGUUAUUAUACUCAAUGAAUAAACAUUUGUCCAGACCUUGCAAAAACUGACCAGACUUUUUUUUUACAAUCUAAAUUCGUAGACUUCCAGUUCUCCCUACAUUAUUAUUCCAGCCUCCCCCUCCCCCCCCUACGCACAAGCACACAUAAUAAUAAUCAUCAUAACCCUACGAAUGCCCCCCCAUAGCCUGCGCCACCAAAUUCUGCACCAUCUCCUCGAGCAUCGGCCUCGCCAGCGCCUCCG